AUGUCAACGAAUACUCCCUAUUCCAGACAUAGCAUCUAUCUAUCUAUCUAUCUAUCUAUCUAUCUAUCUAUCUAUCUAUCUCAGUCUGUUCAUAUCUACCACAGUCUGUUCCCUAUCUAUCUAUCUAUCUAUCUAUCUAUCUAUCUAUCUAUCUAUCUCAGUCUGUUCAUAUCUAUCAGUCUGUUCCCUAUCUAUCUAUCUAUCUAUCUAUCUAUCUAUCCCAGUCUGUCUAUAUAUCUAUCCCAGUCUGUUCCCAUCUAUCUAUCUAUCUAUCUAUCUAUCUAUCUAUCUAUCUAUCUAUCUAUCUAUCUAGUCUAUCUAUCUAUCAGUCUGUUCAUAUCUAUCUAUCUAUCUAUCUAUCUAUCUAUCUAUCUAUCUAUCUAUCUAUCUCAGUCUGUUCAUAUCUAUCACAGUCUGUUCCCUAUCUAUCUAUCUAUCUAUCUAUCUAUCUAUCUAUCUAUCUGGCACCCUAACAGUCUUUCUCAAACGACGCUACUUUUCAUCUUUCUUUCUUUAUUUCUUUCUUUCUUUCUUUCUUUCUUUCUUUCUUUCUUUCAAGGUUUGCUUCUGUCUUAUUUUUCACACUCUUUCUCUCUCUCUCUCUCUUUCCAUUUCUCUUCGAACAAUUUGGUCAUAAAAUACGUCUUUCUGCUCAUCUUUUUCUCAACCAUUAUAUUUCACUUUAUCUAUCUCAAUCAUUAUCUAUCUAUCUAUCUAUCUAUCUAUCUAUCUAUCUAUCUAUCUAUCUAUCUAUCUAUCUAUCUAUCUAUCUAUCUCAGUCUAUUCAUUAUCUAUCUAUCUAUCUAUCUAUCUAUCUAUCUAUCUAUCUAUCUAUCUUAUCUAUCUAUCUAUCUAUCUAUCUAUCUAUCUGAGACUGUUUAUUCUUAUUUUUCUCAAUCUAUUUCUUUCUAUCUAUCGAUAUAUCUGUCUAAAACCUUUUCUUUCUUUCCUUCUUUUUUCUUUCUAAAUCAUUUUCUACAUCUAGCUAUCUAUAUUCAUAUUUAUCUAUCUCAAUCUAUUUCUUUCUAUCUAUCUAUCUAUCUAUCUAUCUAUCUAUCUAUCUAUCUAUCUAUGUUUAUAUUAACGCCUCUUUCCGUCUGUAUCUAUUUCAUUAUUUAUUUAUUUAUUUCUUUUUAUCUAUCUAUCUAUCUAUCUAUCUAUCUAUCUAUCUAUCUCAAUCUAUUUCUAUCUAUCUAUCUAUCUAUCUAUCUAUCUAUCUAUCUAUCUAUCUCAAUCUAUUUCUUUCUUUCUUUCUAUCUAUCUAUCUAUCUAUCUAUCUAUCUAGCUGUUCAUAUUUAUGUACAUAAAUCUAUUUCUUUCUUUCUUUUUUUGUUUCUUUCUUUCUUUACAUGUUCCUAUCUAUCUAUCUAUCUAUCUAUCUAUCUAUCUAUCUAUCUAUCUAUCUAUCUCUGUUCAUAUUUAUGUACAUAA